CGGCAAGAAUGAAAAACAACGUACUUACAAAUGUAGCCUGCGACUUUUGCUAGUAAAGCUCGCCAGUGCUGGGGCGCUGCCUGGGUGAGCCCAGCCGCUUGAGAAGAUCUCCGAACAAGGCAAACGCAAUGCACCGUUGAGAAUACAGUAAGUAGUUUCAUCCACUUGCAAAUUUUGGUUUUUGAUGUACUUGCGGUGAGCGCGUGUCGGUGUGAAAUUCACCUGGCGAGGACCCAGCAGUCGAGGAUUAUUACGGAGAAGACGAGAGGCUGCAUGACAUGAUGGAAACGUACCUUUCCGCAAAGUUUCGCCACGGGUCCCCGAGCGACAAGAAUUUUCAUAUCGAGAAGGUGUCUUCUCCUUUCGAGUCAACCGUGAAGGCGGCAGAACUGAUUCCUCCCAGCGCCAAUGACAUCGAGUCGUCGAUUAAGCGGGAGAAGCGCAGAGCAGCCAGGGAGGAGGAGGAGGUAUAAGCAGCUGAGUGACCGGUAAUUUUUCGACAGUUGCGUACUAACCUAAGACUACGUGAUUGCUCUCGAUGUUGUAAAUCUUAAUAAAGGGACGUAAAAAUUGCUGAAAGACGAGACAAAACCAAAAGUCGACUGUUGCAGUACUAUGUUGUGUCGACGUUUCUUGAAAGCCAAAGCGAUGGAAGCACACGACCCGACGAGCGUACUUAGUCAACACGGUGGUCAAACAUGCAUAAUACAACUCCGCAGGAGCGCCGCAAGGCGGGUGCACAACCUCUGGUUGCGAGAGAAGGUGGAGGUUUGCUGCAACACCAAGGCUUGAGUCGAUCGCCAAUCUAUCCGGGCGACUACGCUCCAGCUCGGUUCGCAGGCGAUGCGCAGCAACACGGUGAAGCUGCAGUACCACCUUCGCGGCAGGGCUCGAACCAAACGGCAUCGUCUGAACGGGCGACCAGAAUCGCGCACGAUUUUUGCCAUGCAAGUAGCCACCGAGGCGCUCCGUUUCUCUUCCUGCCUGGCGAGACGCUAUCGGGGAAGACCAGCAAAGAUUCCUUUGGACCGCAGCCUGUUGUAGUGGCACCGUCUGGAGGUACUAUUAGCGUGUCUCCCGGGGGGCGGCAUUACCAAGUCGGCACAGAGGGUUUUCUGCAAAUCUUGUCCGCUGCCCAAGUGCCAGCCACGUCGUCCAAGGAGAUUCCACACGGUGGCCUCGAAGACGAAUUCCAGAACAAUUACGUGGACGCUGCCACCAACACCUCCUUCGCACAGCAGAUGUCGCAGAGUGCCGCCCUGACCUCCGAGCCCAUCGUUUGGGAUGUCGCGCGUGCGAAUUCUUACGGAACGCGGGAGGACGUUUUUCAGAGAACAGAAGACCAGGAGGCUGGCAAUAUUCAUCAGGUCCGGAAAAGCAGCCACUCACCAUCUCCUCGCAACAGUGCAGAGCGCGCGCACGCGUCCGCUGCCGCAGCAACGGCCCUCCUUGCGGAGCACCCGGACGGGAGACUGGCAGAACGGAGCAUAGAAAGUGGUAGACCUUGGAAUAAACAGCAGUGCUCUAGUACAACUCGGCAACAGCGGAAGGACGCGUGUGGCGACUUCCUGACGACGCGGCAGAGGGAGGAGCGCGACGCCGACCUGCGGUUUCAGCCCGAGGUGAGUCCGAGCAAACGCCGCCUGUCGAGCUCGACGUCGCAGUACCUGGAGCAGCCAGUGUACGAGCGGCUGUACGGGCACAAGAGUUUAAGUUCCACCUACCAUAAGGUCAGCUCUUCUUCGUCGUCAAAAGGAGCCGCAAAGGGCGGUGUGGGGAAGGUUUCUUCGCACCGGCCGUCGCAGAGGAGUAGCCGCGCGUCACUCGUCGUUCCUGCCUCCGCAUCGACUGCACAGCCGAGAAAGGGUGCUGCCGCGUCGUCGUCGUCGUCGUCGAGAAAGGCACCGGGGUCGUACCUGAUGCGUUCAACGGCCAAAGGCAGAGCGAAAGGUGCAGGAGUUAGUUCUCUCGGCAUGGGCAACAAUAAUACAGGCGGUAAAACCGGAACAAACGGGACGUGGGCACGAGCCCAGGCUGAGGUCUCGGCAAAUGAGGAAACAAGCGAGGAACCACCCCGCCGAGAGCCGCAUAGCGAAGUUCUGGAUUUUGCCCCUCCGCCCAGGGACGGAGAGGACUAUGCCGUCCCUGGGGACUAUGCCGGUUAUGAGUCCUUCACCUCCCAGGACGACGCACCAGGACCCUCUGGUGGAGCAGAAGAACAGCGCCUACCGGCUUCCGGGUAUAGAAAGAGCGCUCUUUAGUAUUAUUUCGCGCAUCAACAUGAACAUUAUAGCGAUCUUGGAGAUCAUGCGCAUGCGCAAUGUCGAGCUCGACUCAUGGCAUUCGAGCUAGCUAGAACCACGCGUAGUUCAUUCCUUUAUCGUUGUCGGCUCGCCUCAUCAUACAGCAACGCCGCCAUGGCGGGACGUCCGCCGCAGCUACCACGCGGGGCUACAGCACCAGUCGGCGUCAACCAAUCCCGCAUCAAUGAUCUACGGUCCGAAGUGCAGCGAGACUCACACGUGGACCUUCAGAAGGCACGACUGAGCAACCUGUUCCAUGCGGUAGACAAGAAGAGAAACGCCGUGCAACCACGGUCCGCACCCGGGGCAGCUGCAUCAAGGGUAUUCUGCUAGCCUCCAAUUUUGUAAAUAGGCAUUGCACUGCCACUGCCAACCGUGUCCUUCUUGCUCGGUAAUGGUUGAUUGCGCUUUACAUAUAUAACGCAACUGCUCCCAUCUGAAGUACUUCUAAGACUAGCGUAUCAUGAUCCAGCACCGUAAGUAGAUACGUGGACACUUCGAAGCUCUGACACUUCAAUUUCCAUAAGUGUCUGAGUCAAAAGUUGUCCUACAAUAAGCAAGCUGCUGGGUGUCACGACAUUCCGUUUCGUCUCGGUGUCGUGUCAAUUGAAGUGGCACACAACUCGUUGAUGUAACUCUAAGUUCAGUGAAAAUAGACGAAAAUGAUGACUCCCUUGACCAUAGAAUACUUGCACUGAUCUUUCAGUGACGAGACUUCUACUCAUGUACCACCAGUCUGAUUUGGUUUAACUUUAACGUUGCCAGAACCCAGUGCGUCCAAAUGGCUACUUGAGGUGCCGUCGCGACCGCGUCAUGGGGCUUUCUGACUUCCCAUGAUGAUUUGUUUUAACCAUAGAAUACUUGCACUGAAGAAUACAUAACAUUCUGGGUGACGAGAAUUCUAUACAUGCACCACCAGUCUGAUACAGGGAAGCGAAAGAGUUCUAGUUCUAAAUGGUGUCCUCGAGAGCAGACUACUGCGAAUGCGUUGCCUCGCACAGUUUACGUAAGAUACGGAUUUCCAAUCUCUCGAAGGUGUCCGCGGGCUCGAAGCGAUCAACGAUAUCGGGCGAUGCGGGGAACGGUACUCCUCGCGGCACACUGUUUCCUGGUGGAUGCGGUGUCGCGGAGGCUGUAGCGCGGUCGAAGAACAAUCCGCGUGAUCUCGAUAGCAAAUAUUCGCCGACGAAACGCACGAGCACGCGAGGCGGGGGUGGACGAAGCAUGUCCUGGGCGACUCUAGUGUCACCGAGACCACUGCCGAGUGCGCACUAUGGAAACGACAGCAAUCCGUACUUGUUCGCGCGGCGCGUCUUCGAAAAGGUUCAUGGCAGCGCCGUACCCGCCGCAGCGCCGAGUGCAGCGGAAAUCUACCGCAAGAUCCCGGAGAAAUUGGUCAAAAUAUCGGACGAGCCGCAGCAGCCGCAGAGUGGCGGCAACGGCGCUCGCCGGGGUAGUAGUCCACACGCGCAGGGACGAGAGGUGCCCUCCUCCAGUGCAAACAAGGAUCAAAGCAGCCUGCUGAACAUGAGUGGAUUCAUAUCCUGUGUAAAAACAUCCCCACACCAGAGUCAGGAUGGGGAUUUUGCAACACAAACCUAGGAGUUUUGUGAGUCACGCAUGACAAGUUGCACUCCGCAGUGUAGUGCAGGUUAGCAAGUGCAGCCGCAUCACAGAUUCAUCUGCUCAUCCUGUUCACAGCAUCACAAAUUCCAAAACACGAUUGGAAAUGGCUCUCAUGGGGAUGCGCAUUACGAGUCUUCCUGUCUUUGCAAAUCUGCAUUACAACUUCGGCGUGGGUACGUUUUUACUCAGGAUAAUGCAGCAUGGAUGCCUCGAAAGUGUCCGCGGUACCGAUGCCGCGCUGGGCCGCGUCGCCGAUUCUCAACAGCAGCCCUGCGCUCGAGCUGUCCCCGCCCACGCGGCAGCAAAGCACAUCGCCUGCAAAGUAUAGAGCUUGAACUUGAUGCACAUGUAGUCGGUUGGACAAAAACUCAGAGGGCCACUCUAGUAGAAAAUUUGAGGGAAGAUUACGUUUGUAUUCGAAAUCCAACUACAGAUCGUAGCCCUUGAGGCAGGGAAAGUGCCUUGUUGUAAUAGAGCAGGCGUGGCCAGGCGCUAGGUGGCAUCUUCACAGCGGGUCAGACAAGUCAGUCGCAAUUACUUGUAUGCCACUGUAACUAUACUUUAAGAGAAUGAGAAUUAUCGGUAUGGUACUUACAAGCAGGCGAGUAUGGAGAUGCAAUAAUUCUAUACUGGCAUUGAUUGUCAUCGUUUCUACCAGGUCGAGCCUGUUCCAGCAGCGCGUGGUCCCCAUGGACGUUUCUGCGCACGUGCAGCGUGCCGGCGACGAGCGGCCAGGCAGUCCUCUCGCUGCGCGGCCGGGUCAGAGCAGCAGUAGCACCAGCGCUCCUCGACAGAAGAUGACGACUACAAGCAACAACACACGUGCUGGAACUACCGUUCAGGGGGCGCGGUUUCUCACGUCCACUCGGUUUGCGCAGCUGGAGAAGAAGGAGCGCGAGGUAUCCUGUGCCAAAACGUACCCUUCCCAAGAUGCCCAAGAUGAAUAUUAUGAUCGGCCGACCGCUAGACAAAUUUAGAAGCAGGUAUGGGAGUUACGCACGAAAUCGUGCAGCCUGAGUGGUUGUGAUUAUGUCUAGUUAGUCCAAGCGCAUCACAGACCCAGUAGGGUAUUCUUGGUAGAGCAUAACAUGUUCUUUUGUGUCUGACUUUGCUGUGCUUCUUUCAUGGCCGGGACCAUCCCCAGAUAGAGGAAAACCCGCAAGCAUGACAAAUCCUACUGAAGAAAUACUCGCGAUGUUUUUCGCGGUUCUGACCCUAGAUCUCCUGCGUCCGAAGCUGCUUGCGGCGACGGUGCAAAGGUUUUUGAUGUGGUGCAGUCGGGUAUGCGUGACAAAUCCUACCACGGGCAGCCGAGUCGUGCGACACAAUCAAUGCUGGGCCGGCAGAUUUGCAUAUAGAAGGAAUAUGGGAAGGGUAGUACUGCAACUUUACUCAGGAUACGGGGAGCAGCUGAAGCAGGCGGCUGAGAUCGCUGCGAAGGUCAGCGAGCGAGAGAGCAGACUGGCAAACGCAGAGCAGGCGAAAAAGCGCGGCUGGUCGGCAUUGUGCUACGAGGACCAGAACAAAAAGUGGGAAAAGCUGAAAAAAAAGUAUCCCGAGAAGUUUCUUUCGGCGGAGGAGCAGGAGGAGCUGGAAGUGCAGAAGAUCCAAGCGCAGUGGGCACAGCGACGGGCGGAGCACCGCCAGCGGAAGGAGCAGCUGGCUCGCGUGAUGCAGCCCGCGUUUGCUGAGGAGUACAAUUAUGGAGAUCAUCCGGGCUCGCCCGACCAGGAGACGACACAGGAGCUGUUUUCCACGUCCGUAAACGCCCGCAUAGAUGUAGAGCAGCAACAUGCGCGGGAUCCGUUCUCGCCCACACACGAACUGCCGCGCGACAGCGAUGCGCGGGGAGGUCAUCUUCCCGGGGGUGGAGGUGGGGACAGCACGAGCUAUCCCCUUCGGAACAACCGGUCCGCGUCCUCGAGGCUCUCCACAGCAGGGAACAACAGUUUUACUCCAAAUUUGUACGACGACGUGCCGUCGAAAUUGCAGCUGCGCAACCCCGCACUGUACAUGGACCAGCUGCAGAUGGACCAGCGCAAUCGAGAGCUGCAAAGCCUGCAGGCGGAACAGGACCGCGCGGAGAAGGAAAUGGAACAUUGCACGUUCGACCCCUUCGCGGCUGCUAGGGUCGGACCGGGGAUGAUUCACAAUUCCGUCUUCAAGGGCAAGGAGCUCCCGAAAUCGCGCUGUUUGCGCGGCUAGAAGAGCACGCAGAUUUAAGAUCCAGGCUGGUAUCCAAAAAUGCAAAAUUGAUUCCGAGAGCAAAAGAGCGCAUGUGCUCGCUCUGUCUCGUUCCACAAAUAAUGAACCUCUCAACGCAAAGUAAGAAAUAAACUGCAGUGCUGCAUGCACGAAAUGAACACCUAACGAGCAUCUUGGAAGACGAAAGUGAUCUUACAAAUAUGGAAUCUUGCAGCGAUAAUAUACGUCCCUACCGCCGCUUUCGAGCGAGCAUUUGUAAACUUACUCUUUAUG